GGCAGUGUCAGGAAAAGGAAGCGCGCGGCGCGAGGCAGCGGAGGCCGGGCCGAGCAGCGCCGCGCGGGCCACCAUGGCCACGGACGAGCUGGCCACCAAGCUGAGCCGGCGGCUGCAGAUGGAAGGCGAGGGCGGCGGCGAGGCGGCCGGGCAGCUGGGCCUGAACGGGGCGGCGGCCGCGGGGGGCUCCGGGGCGCCCGACGAGGCGGCCGAGGCUCUGGGCAGCGCGGACGACGAGCUGAGCGCCAAGCUGCUGCGGCGCGCGGACCUCAACCAGGGCAUCGGGGAGCCCCAGUCGCCCAGCCGCCGCGUCUUCAACCCCUACACCGAGUUCAAGGAGUUCUCCAGGAAGCAGAUCAAGGACAUGGAGAAGAUGUUCAAACAGUACGACACCGGGCGCGAUGGCUUCAUCGAUCUGAUGGAGCUGAAGCUCAUGAUGGAGAAACUUGGGGCUCCCCAGACCCACCUGGGCCUGAAAAACAUGAUCAAGGAGGUGGAUGAGGACUUUGACAGCAAGCUCAGCUUCCGGGAGUUCCUCCUGAUCUUCCGAAAGGCAGCUGCCGGGGAGCUGGAGGAGGACAGCGGGCUGCACGUGCUGGCCCGCCUCUCUGAGAUCGAUGUCUCCACCGAGGGCGUCAAGGGCGCCAAGAGCUUCUUCGAGGCCAAGGUGCAGGCCAUCAACAUGUCCAGCCGCUUCGAGGAGGAGAUCAAGGCUGAGCAGGAGGAGAGGAAGAAGCAGGCGGAGGAGAUGAAACAGCGGAAAGCGGCCUUCAAGGAGCUGCAGUCCACCUUCAAGUAGUGCGGCCGCAGCCACCACCGGCCCUGCCGGGCCCAGUGGGCAGGCGGGGCAGGCACACGGGAGGCCGGCCGGAGCACUACUAACCCUGACGUGCGAACGGAGCUAGUCCAGGGCUCUCACGCUCUCCCUGGCCACUGCCUGCUCCUUCUGCUGAUCCCACAGCUGCGACCCCAGCACCACCCCUGCCGGGCCCAGCCCUCCCUGCAGCCCUGCGCCUCACACUCCUGGCCCAAGGCUCCUCUACGCCUGUGUACCUGUCCUUCUCACCCAUCCCAUCCCAUCCUCCUGCACUAACCUGCAGGCUGCCCUGCCUGGGGCCCCUGACAGCCCCGUACCAGAUGGGGACAGCAAAGAUCAGGGCUGUCCGCUUAGAGCAGGACCCAGAAGACUCUGCCCCAGGGCCCUCCAGCUCUGCCCCUCAGUCUGCCGGGAUGGAAGGGCUUCUAUUUUGGUAAGGGGACCUAGGCCAUGUUACCCUAUGGGGACGUAGAGAUGGGGCCCAGCCAGGCAGGGUGAGGAGCCGCUGUGCCCAUCUACCUCAUGGGCCCACACUCUGCCAGGCCUACCAUGGGAUCAUGGGUGGAAGACUUGGGGUGCAGAAACACUGCUCCCCGCCACCCCGUGCAUAUCCUGAAGGUCCCAGGGGAGCUGCGGAGAGAAGCUCGAGAGGAGGGACUGGGGCCCCCCCCAAGGUGGGCUGGAAAUGUCUGCACAGACACCGGGAGCAGGGCCUGGCCCCUUUUGCACCCUCCUUCCUGAGUGACACCCCCAGCUUUGUCACCAGCGGCUCCUGCCUGUCACACCCACCCCUAGGAAGCAUGGGGACCCGCGUGCCAUGGCCAGAUGGGCAUGGCCAAGCCCCCCGUGUGCUUGCUCACGUGUACCCAUGUGUGUGUCUGUGUCUCUUGCCGUGUGUAUCGUGAAACUGUGACCGUCACCCAGUUUGGACAAGUCAGCGGCCGUCAAGGCCACCGUUAUGCAGCAUUCAGUGUGUGUCAUGACAGCAUCACUGCUUUCUAACUCGAUCGAUGACCCUUUAUUUUAGUACUGCGCCCCAGGAGCCCCGGAGCUCCCAAAGGACUCAAGAGGUUUUAUUUUUUGGCCUCAGAACCUGCAGGACGUGGGAGGGGCCGGCCCGAGGGUGGCCUUCGCCCUGGAUUGCGUUUGCCUUAGCGGAUAUGUUUAUACAGAUGAAUAUAAAAAUCUCCUUUUUCUUUGUGCUUUUGGCUUUUUAUAUUUUUCUUCAUUUCCUUCACCCCCCACCCCCAAAAGCUACUUCUUCAUUUGGUGGUACGAUUAUUUUUUUUAACUAAAAUAAGAUAAAAUUCUA